AUGGCUAAGACGGGAAUCUUCAUGAUGCAUAUAAAUUUGCACCACAGCAAAGGCGUCUCGGCGGUUCUAGCCAGACGCAUGUCAGUGAUGCAGACAUGGCUCGUCCUGAUCCAAGAACCCUGGUUAUACAGAGAAAGGAUUAGUGGCUUGCCAGGGUGUGGCACCAUUUAUAAGGGGCCACUCGAAAAAGCGCCAAGGGCAUGCAUAGCUGUCAAGGGUAUGGAUCCGAUUUUGGUUCCUAAGCUUUCCGGGGAAAGACUAGAGGUUGUAAUUGCAUCGGCUUAUUUCCCUGGCGAUGCGGAUAGAUCCCCGCCUCCUAUAGAGGUGGACAUUUUAAUUCAGCACUGCCAGAAGAACAGGAUUCCUCUGCUGUUGGGAUGUGAUGGGAACUCUCACCAUAGGGUGCGGGGGAGCACGAAUAUAAAUGACAGAGGAAGAGAUUUAAUGGAACACCUAGCGGGCACUGAUAUGGAGAUUCUGAAUCGAGGUGAUACUCCCACAUUCCAGAUUAUAAACAGGAGUGAGAUUCUCGAUCUGACUCUAUGCUCAGAGCGGCUGAGGAGUAGGGUAUUGGACUGGAGAGUCUCUAAUGAGGAGUCUCUCUCGGACCACAAAUAUAUCCUGUUUUAG